UUUCAUAUAAAACGUCACCCAAAUAAUGAAAUAAUAGUUGCAAUUAGAUUUUAUUUAUUAUCGUUUUUGAAAGGCUGUCCUCAGUGACGAUAAAGUUCAACUUUAUCUUCACUCCCACUAUUAGUUCUACAGUGUUCCUACGUAAGGACGCACACACGUAACGUCUACAAUGGGAUGGUACUUGAGCCUGGCGAUGGCCUUGGCAGGACUGCUAAACCUGUUUAUGCCCAUGUCGAUGGCCAUUGACCCCCAGUGCGACUAUCAGGACAACCUUUUGAUAGGACAGGAGUAUUUCAUCUACAACAAAGAGUAUCCGGACAGAGAUAGCAGCGGAACCAAUUGCAGGUGGACCGCAAAGAGCCAACCGGGUACCAGAAUCGUCGUCUCAUGCGAGGAUAUCGAUAUACCAAGUAGUCAAAACUGUCAGUAUGACAAGCUGUCAAUAUCGUUGAGUGGAAGUGCCAACUUUGCGGAUGCUAAGAACUACUGUGGUAAAGGUACCCUUAGCUUGGUGUCCAACAGCAACACGUUAACAGUGGGACUGUUCUCAUAUAACGGUGGUGGUAGAUUUGUAUGCGAAUUGGCAGCCAUUGCAGACGAUUCAGGUACAUCAACCACUCCAGCACCAAAUGUGUGUGACUGUGGAUGGAAACAGGGGCUGCGGAUAGUUGGAGGCGAAGAAACAGGUGUAAAUGAAUUUCCCUCUAUGGCUGGUAUCGUAGAUGUUACGACGGCAGACGUUUACUGCGGAGGAACGAUUAUAUCCAACAGAUAUGUAAUCACAGCUGCUCAUUGCCUCUUAAGGAAAAGUCCAGGAGUCUUGGGAGUACUGGUGGGGGAUCACAAUAUAUCUUCUGGGCUUGAUACAGCAGCUUCAGCUCUUUACCGUGUAGAGGCGUAUGAAAUCCAUCCAAGAUUCGUUCAAGCGGAGCAGGGUUAUGACAUCGCCAUCGUCAGGACAGAAACGAUUAUUCAAUUUAGCCUAUACGUUGGUCCAGCUUGUUUGCCUUUCCGAUACAGCACCUUCGAUUUUUAUGGACAGCUAGUCACUUUGCUCGGUUGGGGUUUACUGGAGUUUUCUGGCCAAAAAGCAGACGUUCUUCAGAAAGCGAAUGUGAAUGUCGUAACGAAUGGUGAAUGUAGUUCUGGAAACCCUGAUAAAACGAUACUUUCCGAGCAGAUCUGCACGUUUGCCAGGGGCAAGGACGCUUGUCAAUAUGACUCUGGGGGUCUCUUGGUCGUUGAACUACGCCUAUGAAUCUGCACGUCGACUCAACACAACAAAAUUCAAGUAGUAUUCCCCCUCAUGCCCCAACAUCAUGUGUCCAAAAAUAUUGAACAAGCUUCUAAAUCAAGCAGCAGCGGUG